AUGGAUGAUGAGUUAAAUGUUACCUAUAUAACUUUUGAUGGAUAUGUGGAAAUUAACAAAUACAGAUAUGUUUAUUUUUUUAUUAUUUUCACAGUAUAUAUUGUAAUAAUUUGCAGUAACUGUAUAAUUUUAUACCUCAUUUGUAUUCAUAAAAAUCUCCACGAACCUAUGUACAUUUUUACUGCAGCUUUGCUACUGAACUGUGUUCUUUACACUACAACAAUUUACCCAAAAUUCCUGAUUGACUUUUUAUCUGAAAAACAAAUCAUAUCAUAUUCAGCAUGUCUCUUUCAGUUUUUCACAAUUUAUUCUCUGGGUUCUUCAGAGUUCUUUCUCUUGGCAGCCAUGGCCUAUGACAGAUAUGUGGCUAUAUGUAAACCUCUACAAUAUCCAACCAUCAUGAGAAAAAGCACUGUGAGUAUUUUUCUGGUCAUAGCUUGGCUUGUACCUGCCACUAGUAUUGCAGUCCAAGCAAUAGGAAUGGCUAAAAGUAAACUGUGUUCCUUUCAUUUAAAAUCAAUAUUUUGUAACAAUACAAUUUACACUCUUCAGUGUGUAAGAUCAAAGUUAGUUACUGUAUUUGGUAUAGUUUGUUAUUUUGAUUUUGUGAUACUUCCUCUUCUUUUUAUAGUUUUCACAUACACAAAAAUAUUUAUAGUCUCUUAUCACAGUUGUAAAGAAAUUAAGAAAAAAGCUGCAGAGACCUGUUUACCCCACAUACUGGUUUUAGUGAGCUUUUCCUGUUUCGGUGUCUAUGAUGUAACCAUAGCUCGAGUGGAAUCAGAUUUCCCUAAAACUGCACGCUUCAUAGUGUCAUUACAGCUGAUUUUGUAUCAACCUUUAUUUAAUCCAUUAAUAUAUGGGCUUAAAAUGAAGGAAAUUUCUAAACAUCUAAAAAGGUUGUUUUGUCCAACAAAAAUUAUUUGCUGCAUCAAUUAA